UCCCCGUUCUGUGGGAACCAAUUGGGUUAUAUGUAGAUGAGGUACACAUACUUUAGCCUCAAUCUUAGUCUGACACGCAGCGUGGGAAGACGCAUAGAGCAUUUAUUGUUUGUUGAUGUGUUCAGUACAUGACAACAUGUUGAAAACAUAUUCAUCAGUAUAAGAUUCAUAAUGUUUGAUACUAAUUGUGUAAAGACAAGAAACAUUAGCAGUCGAUCAUCAGUUCGGAUGUUCAAGAGUUUAGCCCGGAAGGACUAUGCCUCUCAGCAGAUCAAUGCCUAUUACAAGUCUCUGAAAACUGGCCAUGUAGUCUACUGAUGUCUGGAAAUGGAUGAUAUGCCUUUCUGAAACGAUGUGAUGUUACGAACUAUGUUUUGGAUCAUCAUGGCCUACUCCAUCACGGUCCUUAUGUAUGAUUCAUGCCAACUGUUAUCUGCUGGAACGAAACCGAAAAAACCCACAAUUUUACGUCUUGUGUACUUUGAGCAGAACUCCACACUAUUUCUGAAAUUCUCGUCACAAAAAAUAUCAAUACAUUGGCUUGAUACAUAUACAGUUAAAUUCAAACAGAAGAAUAAACCAAUUCUCGAAUUGAACGUUUCUCACUGUGCCAUGGAAAGCUUAAUGCAGAUCUGUGAAUGCUCCCUAACUGAUGAGACCAUCGGAAAGUCUGAUUUCUAUCUGAAUAUAACCGUGGUAAUCUCCAGCACUAGAAACGGAACUGGGACUGUGCUCCACGCUAGAAAACAUCUUUCAUUUCACUUCUAUGAUGUUUUUUGUCCAGGGCCGGUAAUCAACUUGAGUGUAACGCCUCUUAACCAUUCGUCAGUGGUCGUCCAUUUUGAACUAACAGAAGAAACAAAACGAAAUGUGAAAUUUAUGAGUUUUUCUAACAGACCUCUUUUUCAUCGAAUACAUCUGCACACUUCAGACAGUCUGGAUAAAAGAAUAUCAUUUAUGACGAAGUUCCAGAAGGCUGUAUUUCAGCUUUCAGAAAGACCCAAUCAAAAAAUCGCUGUUACAUUCCAUGACCUAUCACCUCACACAAACUAUUUGGUAUCAGUGACUAACACGGGGGCAGGAGGCGAGAGUGACAUCAUCCAUAGGAAGUUUACAACAGAAAUAUCUGCUCCUGCCAGGCCACCAUUAUUAAAGCCGUAUAGCUUCAUCAGAGUUCCAAUACCAUCACACAAUGAGACUUGUCUACUAAUUAUAUGGCAACCCUUACCUAAACAUUUACACGGGGGAACUAACUUACAUUAUAAAGCUGAACUAAUAGCAUUGAAUACAAAUGAGUCCGUUCAUAAGAUGACCACUCAACAUUUUCUACAAGAAAAAAUAUCCAGCCAUUCUCACCUUGUGAAACUUUGGGCAGUGAAUGACUUUCGAUCCUCUGAGCAGCAUGCAGAAAUUUUGAUUCCAUCUUACACAGAAGUGAAAAAUGUCAAACUUCGUGUCAACUAUGUCUAUGACACAACUGCCAAUGUCUAUGUUCACGUGGCGAAUGUUGAAGAGAUCGAAUCUUUGGCAGUUCAUUGGUGUCACAGUCAGAAAAGUGACUUGUGUAAGUCUCAAGACAUCUGUACAGGCGCUCUCCAUUCCAAACAAAUCGAAAUACCAUCAAGUGAUCAUCACCUUCUGAAUUUGACGAUUUCUUUUCUGACCCGAUGCACAACAAAUGUGCAAAGGAGCAAGAAGGCUUUGGUUUAUGAAGACUUCGAGGCAGAUGACGGCGUUAAGAGCAUCACACCGGUUGAAGCUGACGUCGUGCAGACAGAGUAUGUGCUGGACAACUCAGACGAUGGUGAGGACGUAGAGCCUUGCUCCCUGAAAGAGAAGGAUGAUUCUCAUCAUGUUGACCCUAGAGCUUUUUUUGUCUCCCACAAAGUGAGAGGUGCAUGGAGUGGCAUGACGUCUGACGUGUGCUACUAUGACAGUACUUCUGAAAGAGUGAACAUAGUAGUUAGUCAAAGUACCAACAACGACAUGACCACAGUGCUAACCUUUCAACAGACCUGUGACACUGAUCCGGCAUCCCCACUGAAACAAUUUUUGAUUCUACGUUUUGACAUCUACGCUUCUGAUAAUGACACAUGUCAUAUGAAAAGCGAAAGACUGGCUAGCAUUGAAAAUGACCUGGUCAGUCCAGUGAAAUUCCAAAUUCCUUAUGGACCUGUCUAUCUUUGUGUUGUAGCUGUCGGGCAGUUGACCAACUACACCCACACUCAACUAAUUGUCAACGCCGACAGAAAGUGGCACGUUAAUAUAUCUAGGAUCUUCAUUGCUACCACUUGUGUCAUAUUUGUGUGCCUUUUCAUUGGCCUGACAAGCUGUUGUUUCUUCCGAAAAUGUUGGACAAGAAAAAGGCAUUUUGAAAAGUAUUUCAAAACGCAUCCAAAUAGCGCUACAAAACAGGACCUGGAUGAGUAUGGCAGUCAAACACAUCAGUCUUCUGUCUUCAAGUAUCAUGAGAACUGUCAGAGUACUAAAGCAGCUGAACAAAGUUCUAAUGACACUGUUUCUUCCAUCAUAUUGAAUAAUAAUAGCUGUAAAAUAUUUAGUCUUGGAAGAAAGAAUCUCGCGGAAUCGCCCGAUACAUCGCGAACAUUUCCGAACUCAUCCUUAGAAAACUACUCUAAAAUAAAUAUUUGUGAAUCUGCAGAAAAAGUCAUCGUCAAUGCUGUCUCCCAAAAAUAUAACAAUGAACCUGGUCACGCAUCUCAUUUACAGUUUAACGGCCUCGCAUCUCAUGAACAGUUUAACGACCUCACACCUCAUGUAAAGUCUGACGGCCUCACAUCUCAUGGGCAGUUUAACGGCCUCACGUCUCAUGGGCAGUUUAACGGCCUCGCAUCUCAUGUACAGCUUGGCGGCCUAUCGAAAGCAAAAGAAACUAAUAGCAGCGAGAAGUCUGAUGUGUCCAAUGAUAGAAAAAGGCGCCAUUUGUUAUCUCAGACUUUUGUUACAGAGCCAUGUAUCACGAGUGUCGACAGCUAUGGCGUUCUGGACUCAGGAUUGCAAUUCUGUGUACCCCCUGAGUCAGAAUAUUCCGACUAAUGUACAUGAAUUGAUCUCUAGUCAUAGCUUAUUAUAAGGCAUUGAAUUCCUCACCAAAUAUAAAUGUCCUUCGAGUGUUUUUUAUUUAUUGAUUGUUAUUUUCUAAGUCAGUGUUUCCCAAACUCUUUUCUUAAUGGAACACUUCACACAUUCAGAAUAUUUAGCGGAACACUUUAUUUUUAGAGAGAUUUAUUCAUGUGGUGGCCUAAUACUUAAUUGUUCUAGUAGUUUGUGAAACACCUAUUCAGGUCUCGCAGAACACUAGGGUUCCGCGGAACGCAGUUUGGGAAACACUGUUCUAAGUCAUCGGAAUUUUUAUCCUUUGUACUUGUUUUUAUGAGGACAUCCUUGAGUUCCUAAGUCUCUGCUGGGUACCAAAGAACAUAUGUUUAAUUGUUGGCGUCUCUUUUACAAUGCCCGUUACUAUGAAUAAUGCAUUUGAAUUGUUUUUCCACUGCAUCAGUGUUUUCCAAAGUGGGUUAGUAGGUCGUGAAUAUCCUCUAUGUUUCUACAUUAGUGCGAAAAUGUAAAUAUUGAGCAAGCAAAAUAUAGAAAACGAGCCGACCCGCGGCGUAGCAUAUCCCCCUUCCCUCUCUUUUUUUUUUCUGAACCUCGCUCUCUGUCACACCGAAAAUUAUGUGGGGUAACUCUAGUCCGACUUGCAGAAAUAAAAGUUAUAUUUUGAUGACUUCUUCAUCGAUGUGUCCGCAUGGUUGGGCCACAUAUAUAUAUAUAUAUAUAUAUAUAUAUAUAUAUAUAUAUAUAGAUACUACGUUUAAAAAGAGGAAAUAUCCUCACAGGUAUAGACAUAUCAAUACUGUACGCUUUAUUUCCCUUUAAGAUAUCAAAAGUAGUAACGCUAUUUAUUUAACUAAUUGGUUAAUGUUUUUUUUUAAAUUGAUUUAUGUUUUGCUAGGAACAAAGAAUAAUUGUGCGAAAUCUUAAUUUUAUGAGAUCGGGAACUAGGACGAAUAGCGUGUUUAAAUUGGUACUAGACCAGGGGUGGGCAAAUUACGGCCCGCGGGCCACAUGCGGCCCGCCGGAGUGUUUUAUGCGGCCCGCCGACACCUACAGAAGUCAGGUGUGCCCACUGUAUACACUUAUAAAAUUGCAAAUAUAUUAAAAAUAAUAAAAAUAUAAAUUAUUGAAACUGUCAUUAUAAAAAGUUUCAAGCAAACGAAGACUAUGCUUAUUGGCUAUACAUCAAUACACUCAAUUCAAGACACAAUCUCUGAUCAGUAUUUAUUCAAUGCUAUGAAGAACUGUGUUGAAUGUUGAGUAUGCUUGGAACAAGAUGGCAAGGGUGACAACUGGUGGAGCUCGAUCUUUGACUGAGUAAAAUGGUGUGUUUUUUUUAUAUCCCAACCAUAAUCUUUAAGCAGGAAAGUUUGCACAAAGCUUCAUAACAUUUCAACUUCUUAGUAUCUAAUACUACUAUAGUAAUCAAAAGUACCAGGACUAAAGUAUUCCAACCACAAGUAGUUCCGAUUAUGAACAAACUAAUUCAAUAUGUCCAUUGCAUGGGUAUGGUAAACGAGAACAAUGUAAAAUCUCCAGGAAUAAAUUGUUAUGUUACUUGAAGGACAUUGACUGUGACCUUGUUACCAAUAUUUCUAAUGAAGCGUGGAAGGCAGAUUUCAUGUUUCAUAAUAGCCAUUGCAAUGAGCCUUUUGCAUAUAAAAUGUAAAUGGAUGUUAAAUCUUUUCAAACAAGGCCUUCCCAUCUCUACAAGCAAGCAAAAAGAAAACAGGCUUUGUCAUUUUCCUUUGCAGAAAGGUGAAAUUAUUUCUAGUGAAAUGAUUAAAAGUACAACACUUAUUUAGAUCCCCUAAUUUUGCAAUUUAUAAAAGCAAGAACCGGUUUCCAAUACCAUUAGCUCACCACUUAGCGCAGAAGCUGAUUUAACUCCAGAGGACAUAACUCCGAGGAAAGAGAAUUUCCAGUCAGUACUUCCACAGGAGUCUUAUGAGUGCCAGAAGCUGUAUGUCAACACUUUAAAAAAUGUGCUGCUUUUCACACUAUUUUGAGUACAUAUUCAUCUGUUCUUCUUCUUCUUCUUUGUUCUCAUUUUACAUGUUGGAGGGUUCAGAACAGUAUUUAAGAUGAACCGCGCAAUGUUUUCCAUAUCAGACAGUUCUCCGAAUAGUUUUGGUUCUAUAGGAAGGCUUUGGGGUCAGAGUCCUGUUCGGGUCUCUGAUUUAGUAUGCACCAUUGAAGGACAUGGUCAGCAUUCUCUGGUGAUGCACCAAAAGGGCAAGUUUCGCUCGUCCCGAAAUUAACUUCCGGAACAUAUAAUGUCUCAUCCAGUGAACAAGCAUUAUAUUUUGGGUGGGGGGAAACUAAACAAGUAUAAUUACUGGUCGAUUUUGACUGACUGUAAUUUGACAGCAGUCACAAGGGUAACAACUAGUAAGCUAGUUCCACAUUUCCGGAACAUUAUGCACGAGUGUAAAAGUAAAAUACUGCACAUUAAGUACAACUGUAUAUUAGUGUAUAUUAGUUAUUGUAAUAUAAAAAGACAACAGCAAUAAAAAAAAAUAUUAAUUGAUUUCAGAAAUUGCUACCUCUUCUUGUAAGUCCUUAACGUGAAGUGUGGAAAAAAAGAAACGUGAAUAUAAUACAGUGUAACUAUGAAUUAAAAGUUAGCUAGAGUAUCUUUCUAAGUUGUAUAUACAUAUGCGGCCCGCCAUUCCCAAAUUUAAAGAAAUGCGGCCCUCGAUCCAAAAAGGUUGCCCACCCCUGUACUAGACAAACAGAGUGAAUUUUAUCAAUUUAAUUUUAUUUUCUUGUGUGCUUUGGUAUUUAACAAUUCGCCUUACAUGUUUCUGGGUGUUGAAUGUAUGUAGAUAUAUGUAUGUGUGACAGAAAGGAAUGGUUGUUAAAAUGUGUACAUUAAUAUUAUCAAUUAACAUGUUCUUUUUAUAUUAUUCGGCUGUAUGAUCUCUUUAAAUACAUUGUUCAAUAUUGU